AUGGCAACACUAUCGCUGCACAAAAAGCGCUACACACCUCAACAAGCGCCGAAUAAAACGCAUUCGCCAUUUCUGCUGGGACGUGCACCUUGGUGGGUGCCGGCGGUACCAGCUGCACAACGCGAUGGCAAGCGGAAAAUCUCAUUUGCCGAGGCAUUGAAGGACUUUCUGCGGAAUGUGUCAUUUCAUUGUUAUGGAAAAUUAGUGGAGCCACAUCGACGUUUCCACGAACGUUUCUUUUGGAUUAUAUUCCAUAUCACAAUGAUGAGCGUAAUGAUUGUCUUUCUAUGGAGAACGCCCAUCUUCGAGGGGCAAUUUUUAAGCACAACCAUGUUCGAUCCAUUGUAUCCUAUACAUAAGGUGCCCUUUCCCACAAUAUCAAUAUGCACGCUGAAUCGCAUGUCGAGCCUCCGUUACCAGAUAUGCGGAGACACUGUAAGCGCCAGCUUUCACACACCAUAUAUGUACAUAGAUCAAAACUUGAUUUUUAAGAACUUAAAAAAUAUAUUUUUGAAAUUAUAUUUGUUUAGUCAGCAAAAAGAUCCAUACAAACGAGGAGUUAACUAUUUUUAUCAUGAAAUAAGAAAAUUGAGCUUUCCAUAUUCAAAGGCAACCGAAAAAGACGAGAACUAUGAAGAUUUUUUAGAAUUUCAAAACUUUCUGGAUAUAUACGACACCACGGAUAGUGAAGUAUUUUUUAAUACCAGAGAUCGCAUGAAGCAGUUAACACCAAAUUGCAAGGAUAUAUUGGUCCGUUGCCGUUUGGCCGGAGAGGACUUUGAUUGUCUGACGAAAUUUACAGAAACUUUAACAGCGAAUGGAUUUUGUUGCACCUUUAAUGACGAUGGCCUAUAUUCGAAGCCGCGACCUCAAAGUUUAAGUUUUUACGAAGAGCUAAAUGGUCUCGUUUUAUUACUAAACUCUUCAAAUAAUGAUGAAUAUUUUAAAGCAUCACUAUCAGCUAGCUUCGCAUUUUACAUACAUUCCUAUGGGCACUACGCAGACAUCGCAAGCGGUUCGGUAAAGGAACGCUACGUGGAAAGUGGCAAGCAUACCUACAUGGCAAUUAAACCGGGUAUCAUUGAAACUGUCAACGAAGCUCGCAUAUUGCCGCCGUCAGUGUUUAAAAUGCUUUUAAACUUCUUCCUCGCUCACUUUGCAAAGCGCCAAUGCUACUUUGGCGAUGAGAAAGCUCGGAUAUUUGGUAAACUAUACAGUUACAAUAGCUGUAUAACACGUUGUCGUAUGUAUAGCAUACUGGUGUUAUGCAAUUGUUUGCUUUUCAUGCAUCCCAAUGAAUUGUUAGAUGUGUCUACCGAAUAUGUCUAUUGUACGCUGAGGCACAAAGCCUGCUUGGACCGUUACUAUUUCAAAUGGUCGAAUGUUAUUACUGAGCGCGAAAAUAUUCCUGGACUCGAACGUGAAAUGGAGGACUCUCUUUAUUGCCCGCAAUGCUUACCGAUGUGUUCUUCGGAGCGCUACGUUGUUCAUGCCAACGCACUGCCUUUGACUUCAUAUAAUAUGCGUACCUUUCCAGAUAUAGACGCGGAAAAUCUAUCGAACUUUGCGUUGACCCAUGUUUAUUUCGGCGUCUCGCAUAUUCAGAUUUUUAGACGUGUGCUCAAGGACACUUGGUUUGAAGUACUUAGUUUUAUUGGCAACAUUGUGAGCAUUAUAACGGGCUUCUCAUUGGUCGGUAUUUGUGAGGUGCUAUACUUUAUCUGCCGUCAAUUGUUUUUGGCUUUUAAAAGUGAACUGGCAUCGGAACGCAAAACUAAAAAGCAGAAAGCUAAAACAGAUUUAAUUAUUCUGCCAUGAGAAAUGAUAUUUGUAUGUUUUACCGUUAAAAUAUUUUGUCUGAAUAAAUUAUUUACUCCUUGACUAGUUUUGACUAGCUUACUAAUAGCUCAAU